AAAGUUGUUGAGGUUUGUCAUACACUGUGAGAAAAUCAGUUUAUGUUGCAUUACUUAAUCAUGUAUUUAUCAUCCGGAAGGUAAUAGUCGUCCCGAAACAGAUGGUCCUCCCGAAAAAACUGGUCGAUCCGCAUCUUCGGGACCAGUUAUGCUUCCGCACGAUAAUUGUCAUAUAAAAAAGGAAAAUUGAGAAAAGUAUUCGGAUUAAGUUUGUCAUACACUGUGAGAAGAAAUGGAUAACUGGAUGAAAAUACAAAUGACUCAAAUGACAGAUGAAUUAAAGGCGGAAAUAAGAAAUGGGAACAUAGAACUGAAAGCAUUGUUUAACAGCUUUAAGGCGGAUAAAUUGAAAGCAGAAGUAACGAAAGGGAACAUGGAAUUGAAAGCAGAAGUAACGAAAGGGAACAUGGAAUUGAGAGCAAUGAUUACAGAUCUUAUAGACGCAAAUACUAAAAGUGAGAGCAGCGGGCAAAAAGACAGCACACAGAGGGCUGACACAACAUCAGAUGAGGAUGAAGAUAGUCAAUAUAUGCAUUACCAAGGAAACACUAAACACGAACACAGUGAGGAUGAUGAUGAUGACGAAGAUAGCAGUGAUCAUAGGGAUGUUCAUGAUGAUGAAGCUAAGGAUGAUAGGAUUGAUAACGAUGAUGUAGAAAUAGAAAAAGAACAGAAACAGACAGAUGGAUCAGACACUAUGAUUGUUAAAGGCGAGAAAUGGUUUACCCCAAGAAGAACACCAUCUCAACCCAGUUCAUCGAAGUCAAAGCUUAAACCUAAAGCAAAUACUAAAGGUGAGAGCAGCAGGCAAAAAGACAGCACACAGAGGGCUGACACAACAUCAGAUGAGGAUGAAGAUAGUCAAUACAUGCAUUACCAAGGAAACACUAAACACGAACUCAGUGAGGAUGAUGAUGAUGACGAAGAUAGCAGUGAUCAUAGGGAUGUUCAUGAUGAGGAAGCUAAGGAUGAUAAGAUUGAUACCGAUGAUGUAGAAAUAGAAAAAGAACAGAAACAGACAGAUGGAUCAGACACAGUAUGUUUUGAAGAACAGGUUCGGGAGAAAGUGAUUGAAAUGCUGUGUGUGGAACCAAUAAAUGUGACACCUUCUUCAAAGCAUACCUUUUCUCCAAAACAGAACAGUCCACCAGAGCCAAUACUCCCAGCCCAAGGGAAGCCAAAAAGAAAAAGCUUGACACAGGUGUUUGAAGAACUGCAAAAGUCACACAAAUUACAGAAAUUUCAAGAAAAGGAACAGUCCAACACAUCCAAACCAAUUGUUCCGCAGACCAAACACAGCCUUCGUAAAACAGAAAAGAAAAAAUCUGUAAAGGAAGACACUAUGAUUGUUAAAGGCGAGAAAUGGUUUACCCCAAGAAGAACACCAUCUCAAACCAGUUCAUUGAAGUCAAACUUUAAACCUAAAGGACAUUUCACAGAUGAACAAUCAAAAUACAUUAUAAAGUACAAUAACAAUUGCAAUCCAACCUGGUCGUCAGCCGAUUUUGUAAUGCGAAACUUAAAAAUGGCUGGUGAGCACUUGUACAUUUGGAUGGAGGACGAAUUUUCAGUGCAGCAACUGAAAGAUAAAGUGAAGAACUUGAAAAGGGCAGAGGAAAAGAAGGAGAGGAGAAGUGUGAUAAGUCCAAAAUGUUGAGCGAAGAUUUUACUCUCCGGCAAGACCAUAGUGAAAAUAAAUCAGUUUUGUUAAAAUAUUUUGUAGUACAUACUAUUUUGCUUUUUUUUGCGAUGCCGCACUGUUUGUGUUGUACAAUGGAAAAUAGGGCAAUGUGUGUUACCUUAAAACAGAUGAUGACAAAAUAUAGUCCAAUAUCUAUGUUUGAAAAAAUUACCUAUAUGUAAAUAUA